AUGAGUAUCACGAAAUCUUCCGAGUCGGUUCCCAGUGGGACGAUCAGGGAGCGUUCCCUCGCUGUCGCCGCGCAAGCUCGGAAAGAGCAUAGUUGGCUGGAGAGGAACCUCAAGCCCAGGAAGAUCUCAGCUAGGUAUCCCUUCAAAGGCAAACCCUUACUGUAUGCUACAUGUGCCUUUGGCAGCCUGGGGGAUGCCCUUUUCGGUUAUAACUCUGGUAUCAUGUCCGGCCUGCUGGUCAACGAAGUUUUUAUAUCUCGCUUCUUCAAAAGCUAUGGGGGAGCCGACGGGACGACAAGCGGCGUCGACCCCUCAAUUACAGGCAUCUCUGUUGCGUGUUUGCAAGCAGCAGCGGCGGUCGGAGCGCUCAUAGCCGGUCGACUUGGGGACAUGAUCGGCCGAAAGAAAUGUGUCCGCGUGGGCGCUUUCAUCUACUUCUUCAGCUCGUUUAUUCAAAUGUUUGCCCCUGGUUUUGCAACGUUUAUCGCAGGUCGCACCAUCCAAGGAGUCGGUGUGGGAUUCCUCUCGAUGACCGUGCCUAUCAUUCAAACUGAAAUUGCCGCCCCUCAUCGCCGUGGUUUGAUGGUGGGUAUAGAAUACACCUUUUUGAUUGCUGGAUAUAUGCUUUCUUGCUGGGUGGACUAUGGAUUUAAUUUCUUGCUGCCAAAUCACCUUUCGUGGCAAGGGCCAUUCAUCAUCCAGAUUGUGCUCUCUUUUGUCUUGUGUGGGAUGUCCUUCUUUCUACCAGAAACUCCUCGAUGGUUGGCGAUAAAUGGUUUCGUGGACGAAAGCUUGCAAACAAUUGCAGACUUACAUUCCGAUGGAAAUACGGAAGCGGAGCAUAUUCAACAGACGUUCCUUGAAAUUCAAGAAGCAGUUAUCUACGAAAACAAUCUGGGAAAGUCCGGUUGGAAGGAAAUGUUCACCCGGUAUCGUAAACGGACCAUUGUUGGGAUAACGGUGCAGAUGUUCGCGCAGAUCAAUGGAAUCAACAUCAUCUCCUUUUACCUUCCGAGCACCCUGUCAUCCGCUGGCUAUGAUAAUCGCAAAUCCCUGCUGUUCACUGCUGCAAAUGCUCUUCCCUACACCGCUGCAACAAUUGUUACCUGGUGGUUAGCGGACCGAUGGGGCCGGAAACCUUUGCUCAUUCUUGGAGGUCUCCUCAUGGCCGUACUACUAGGGGUCGUCUGCGUCUUCACCGAAAUCAAUGUGGAUGUCCAAGUCAAAGCGAACGGCCAGUAUGCCUUCGUCAUGCUUUACAAUAUCAUCUAUGGAUUCACUUGGGGUCCGAUGCCGUGGCUCCUACCUGCAGAAAUCUUCCCACUCCGGGGUCGGAGUAAAGGCAUGGCCCUGGCCACGACUAGCAAUUGGAUCUUCAACUUCAUCAUUGGAAUGGUCUCUCCCGACGCUUUCUCUGGCAUUCAUGGUUAUUUCUACCUGGUGAUUGCGGGAUUUUGUCUCAGUUCGGCCGUCCUAGUCCACUUUUACUACGUCGAGACAGCACACCAUUCUCUUGAGGAGAUUGCUGUUGCAUUUGGUGACAAUGCGUUUGCGGAUGGUGAUGCGGAGGUCAUGGAUAUGGCUGGUGCGAAGAGUGAACAGGUGGAAUACUCGGCAUGA